UUUAACAUCAAUUAGAGGACAAAUAAUCUCCAUAUGGCCAAAUAAUGGGUUCAGGGAAACAUUUUAUCUCAGGAAUAAAAACCAAUGUUUUUUACAAUUCAGUCAGUAGAAAAAAUCCAGUGUGUGACAAUGGAAACCAAGACCUUCUUCUGGUACUUCAGACCCAUCGCUCUAAUCUGUAAAGUGUUGGGGAUAUUCCCCUUGCAAAACCUCAGGACGAGCAACCCUGCGGAGCUCCGGGCCCCCAUCCGAAGUUUCGCCCACUUGUACAGUUUCGCUAUUUUCGGGUUCAACAUUUACAUGAUUUGGUUCUUUAGUGGUUUCAUGUUUGCAAUUCAAAAUUCCUUCUAUUUGUUCAUUGUUGUCUACGUCAUGAUUUUCCGGUCAAUUUUCUGCUUCGUUUUUUGUGCCAGCCAUUCGAAGAAGUUGCCCAAAUUGAUCCUCCUCUUGGACCUUUUCGACCGGAAGAAGCGCCCCAUUUUAGUUGAUCAAUCGUCGUACUGUUUCCGCUCCUUGUUCACUUGGACGCUUCUCCCGGUCGUUGUGGGGGCUGUCGCAAUUGCCCUGUCUUUCUACGAGUCCGCGAACGUGGUCUUGGAGACUAUGCCCCCGGAGUUGAGCGUUUUGCACACGAACUUGUCGGCGGUUUUCUUCGGGAGUUUGGGGACCUGGCAGGUGGCGCCCCUCCUCCUCUACAUCUACUUCGCCUCGAGAAUCGCGUGCAAUUACCGGAUUUUGAACAAAACCAUCAAAAGACAAUUCCAUGGAAGUUUCUUGUCUGAAGUAAAAUACUCGGAUGAGUCUCGUGCAACUUUGGAAUAUCUCCGCCAAAUGCACAAUUUGCUCACCAAAGCCGUGGAGGAGAUGGGGAAAUGCUACGGGAAUUUCAUGGCAAUUGACCAAUUCUGUCUCAUUGUGAUGGUCAUUGCGAAUAUUUGUACUUUUAUCAACGAUAGGACACACGAAAUCCACUUGUUGGCCAUCACAGUUUUCAAUUUUUUGGUCGUGGUUUGGGUUCUUGUGAUUUCAAACGAAAUUAAGGAAGCGGGAAACAAAGUAAUCUACGUCUUGCGUGCCAUUGUUUUAUCACGCGUUGAUGACCCCACCCGAAUCGAGGUGAGUCAAUCGCUACAUACAACAUUUUUUCUACAAUUUUUCCAGAUUCAAACAUUUAUGAUGCAAAUUGCGGCCCAACCAGUCGAGGUUUCAGCAGCCGGUUAUUUCAUCAUCGAUAAACGUCAAAUCCCAUCGGUGUUGUCCUCAAUCGCCACAUACCUCGUCGUCUCGCUCCAAUUCAUCCAAGAGGGAGAAAGUGAGUUGGCAAUAAAAAAAAUAUUUUUGCAAACCAUCGUUUUCAGGACAAGGAAGCACCACAAACUGCACCUUUGUUUGACUCUAUUCUGCAUUAUCCUCUGUUACUAGAUUGAAAUUAUCAUCCAAAAGUACCCAAUAUGUGGUAACCGGCUUUUUUCGUCCUUUCACCUCAACUUUCCCUCGACAUUCGCACUUAUAUUUGAAGCUUUUGAUGAUUUCGGCCGUCGGCUUAAGCACUUGGAUGCAGUUUUCAAGCCCGGUGGUGUCCAUUCGAGAGGCCAUGUUCACCGGAUCACCCCAUAUGUCGUAGAAGGGUUUUUUCGAACCCACUACACCGGCGGCGAUGUAACCAUGAGAUAUUCCUAUCAAAUAAAU